CUGCAGUCCACUCGCGAAUGUUCGCGCCGCGUCGCGUAUGACGAAUGACAAUUCGAAAAUCGAACAGCGAAAAAAAAGUGCAACUGCCAGUGACUAUUUUCUAACAUCUUAAACCGAAAAAGUUCCCGACAGCAACAAUUCCAUAGUAAAAUUAGCGAAAAUGUCAAAGUUAAAACCAUAGACUAACACAUAGACAAUACACCGGAAAGAUAUGCCCUUUUCCUAGUCAAGUGGAUAAUAAAUCCACUCAUAUGCACAGAGAGGCCUCCCACGUCUUCAGGGAUUCUCUAAAACUACGCCAAAAACUACUACAACGGACGACCACGUACUUUGAAGUGGUAGAAUUCGUCAAGAAAGACGCCAUCCGAUUCUUCACUUACGAUUACGAGAUACACCAAUUGAUAUGAAUAUAUUUGUAGUCAACGGCUAUCAUUCGAAGAAUCUCGUUAAGCUGAAACUCAUUUGAUUCCCUGACAAUAAUAUUGACUCACUAAUUUUAAUUAACUUUACAAUAUAAAAAUCAAAGAUGGCGGUGAAAGCAGAGCCGAUAGGUCCGAGAAAUGGGCAUGAGUUAGCUCCUUUGAAUACAAGAGCUGAUGGAAGCGAGCGGCCUCAUGGGGUGACCAUUGUCCUGCAGGGCUCCAGGGGGUCCCUACAGAGGGUCCCAGAAGGGCCAGGGGAGGAUAGGGCUGCCUGGUCUGGAAAGUUGCAGUUCUUCCUGUCCAUUAUUGGGUAUUCGGUGGGGUUGGGGAAUAUUUGGAGGUUCCCGUAUCUGUGCCAGCAGAAUGGCGGAGGUGCCUUCCUCAUUCCGUUCCUCAUCAUGCUGGUGCUGGAAGGCAUCCCCCUCUUCCUCAUCGAGAUGGCCAUCGGGCAGAAGAUGCGUCUCGGCUCCCUGGGGGUGUGGAACACCAUCCACCCCUGGCUGGGGGGGAUAGGCAUCUCCUCCUGUAUAGUGACGCUCUUCGUGGCGUUGUACUACAACGUCAUUAUCACUUGGGUGUUCUUUUACCUGUUCAACAGUGUUAGGAUCAACCUCCCCUGGGCCACCUGUCCUACCGACAACAGCAGCGCCCAGAUCGAGUGCAACAAGGCCUCAGCCACCGCCUACUUCUGGUACCGCUCGGCCCUGGACGCGUCUCCAAGCAUCGAGGAGCCAGGCGCGCCGAAGUGGUGGAUCGUGCUCUGUCUGCUGCUCGCCUGGAUUGUGGUGUUCUUUAUUGUGAUGAAGGGGAUACAGAGCAGUGGAAAGGUGGUGUACUUCACGUCGCUGUUCCCGUACGUGGUGCUGACGAUAUUCUUCAUCAGAGGGAUCACGCUGCCUGGCUCUGCAGACGGCAUCGUGCACAUGUAUAGCCCGAAGCUGGAGAUGCUCCUGGAGCCCACCGUGUGGCUGGACGCAGCCACCCAAGUGUUCUACUCCUUCGGCCUCGCGUUCGGGUCGCUGAUCGCCUUCGGCUCCUACAACCCGCCCGACAACAACUGUGUGCGCGACGUACUGCUCGUGUCUGUGUGCAACGCCCUUACCGCUAUAUACGCGUCCGUCGUCAUAUUUAGUAUACUUGGGUUCAAGGCGUAUACUAUGGCGGAGAGGUGCAUUGCCAGCUCCAUCGAGAUCUUGGCACACAACAACGUCCCCGGAUUCUACCCUAACACGACCUUCGACUACUACAGAGAGCAUUACCCCGAUCUGGUCAAAGAGAACAUCACGAGCCGACUCAAUCUGUCGGAUUGCAGCAUGAGCAAGCAGCUUAAUGAGGCGGCCGAGGGCACAGGCCUAGCCUUCAUCGUGUUCACCCAGGCCAUCGUGGAACUGCCCUUCGCCCCGUUCUGGUCCAUCAUCUUCUUCUUGAUGCUGCUGUCCCUGGGCCUGGGCAGCCAGAUCGGCAUCAUGGAGGGCAUGCUCUGCACCAUCUUUGAUAUCGAGUUCUUUAAGAGGAUUAGCAAGCCGAUUAUUACUGGGAUCGUAUGUGUCUUCUGCUUCGUAACUGGCUUGAUCUUUACGACGGGCGCGGGCGAGUACUGGCUCAAGAUGUUCGACUCGUUUGCCGGCACCAUCGGCCUGGUGGUGGUCGCGCUUUUGGAGAUGGUCUCUGUCAUUUACAUCUAUGGACAUGAGAAGUUCUCGAAUGACAUCUACGAGAUGACGGGCUACCGCCCCGGUCUCUACUGGCAGCUGACGUGGCGCUACAUCGGACCCUGCGUGGUCUCCUGCAUCCUGGUGUCCUCCAUCAUUUCCAUGAUCUACUCGCCUCCCACCUACGGGGCUUGGAAUGCUGACGAGGGCCGCGUGGUGAAGACCCCCUACCCCGACUGGGUGCUCCUCAUCGCCCUCUGCAUGAUCCUGGCGGGGAUCCUGCCCAUCCCUGUGGUUCUGCUGCUGCGCCGCUUCCAAUGCCUCGCCUUCGACGUGGACAUCCACCAGGGCAGCAUCAGGAGGAUCGAGACCACCGUGUCCACUAAGGAGAUGAUGAGCGAUCAGGAUGUGUUGUCGCCGGAGUCCGCGCCGCCUGCGCCCGCGCAGCUUGUUGCUGAGGCCGCUACAAGAUUCACCAUCGGGGACUUUGAUGGGGUGGACAGCGACGACCAGCGACCCAGCAAGCGUGUGCCGACCAGCAUCGCUCGCGCUAGGCCGAAAAAAUAAAUUCCUCAGACGAAGCCAUCGACGACCACUACACAUCGAGCAGCGACGAAGAAGUCCUCAACGCGGGCCGACUCGCCAUGCGACCGGUUUUCAAGAUGGCCGUCGUCGAGCCGUUGGGAAUUUGAAAAUCGAAUUGUUUUCUUCAUAUGGGCUCUAAAAAUAACCGAUAUCGCAUGCGAUUUUUUAUACAAUGUGACAUUUGAUUGAUUGAUGCAUAGACUAGGAAUCCUCUAGACCGAGUUUAGAGCAAUUAUUUCAUGCAACCGAUGAUGCCAAAAAUGCGGCGGUGCGCGGGACGAGGUGAGCGAAGUCCCGUGCCGUGAUUGGUCCGUUCAAAGACGCUUUCGACUCGAACAUGGAGUAAAAUUACCAUAUGCGUGGCAGAGGGGGUAGCGCGACUAUGCUCAGUCUGGAGGAUGUUUUGUCUGUGGAUUGAUGUGCUCGUAAUUCGUUGCGUCUCGGUAUUCGGCGAUGUAUCAAAAUUCGUAUGCAAUUAUUGGUGACGCCUAUAGAGUUAAUUACUUUCUGAAAAGUUUGGUUAUUUUGUAUAAUGGGGCUAUUCAUAAAUUACGUCAUUUCAAAUUAGGGGGGGGGGGGUCUGGACAUUCGAGGCAUGAUUUUUGGAAUGAUUUUAGGGGGGGGGGGUCAAAAAUCGUCAAAAAUCGAUGACAUCAUUUAUGGACAGCCCCAUUGCAUACAGUAAGCAUUAAAUAGGUCACUAUCUAUUUGAUACUUACAGUUAAAGUGGACAAAUAUACUUAUUGUAACACACCUUUGUUACCAUAGGAAUAACAAUGUGUACCGGUAUAUUUGGCCACAUAUUGCACUGUACCACCGUCGAAUGCAAAUUGACAGGUUGUUAAGAAAAUAUUUGUUUAGUUACAGAAUGAAACUCAUGAAACGCUAUUAUGCUCAUAACUUCAUUUGAUAUCCUACACCGAUGCCGACAACAUGGGUUUCCCGGUAUGUAGCGAAAAUGCUUUGUAAAGGCAUAACGACAACGUGUCGUGAUUAAUUAGCGCUGAAUGGGUUAACAUCUAAUUCCGAUUAAUUAAUUAAAUUGUUUAUUUCUGAUUUGAAUUAGGGGCUAUUCACAAAUUACGUCAUUUCAAAUUAGGGGCGGGGGGUCUGGACAUCGGAUGAUGGUAGCAUGACGUAGGAGGAAACGUGGUCAUUCGAAGCAUGAUUUUUGGAUGAUUUUAGGGGGGGGGGGGGUCAUAAAUCGUCAAAAAUCGAUGACGUAAUUUAUGGACAGCCCCUUACGUAAUAUCAUAAAAUGGCCGAUAUAGUAAUUUAAUAUUGAAUUAAAAAUCGUAUAACUUACUAUUUACGUACGUACUUAUAUGUACAGUAAACGAUGACCAGGCCUGUCAAUUUUAAUAUUUGAAGUUGCGUUUACAUGUUCAUGAAUCAAUUGAUAUUUCGAUGUUAUUUUACGAUAAUUAUUUAUCCUAGUUUUAAGUGUAAGCCAAGCCACAGAUGGAUCAAUACUCGCACAAUAUCCUACGUAUCUUCAGUGGGGAGACACUCCUGACUUCGGUCGAACUCGCCUCCGUUCGGCUUAGCAUUGCUCCGAGCAAUUAUUAGGGUUGGCACCACUUGACUUCCUUGUGCGUGCACGACCACAGAUAAGAUAAUCACUUGAAUUUUGACAACCCUAAAUAGCCGAAAGGGAUAGUGUUAUAUAUUAUAAAGAGAUAGCGUGAUUCGACCCUGAAUCGUUGUCAAACUUCGGGUUUGUAGGAAGUGUCCUUUCUGUACUGUAGUACUAUUAUUUCUUCUGUGGUAUCUUUACCAGGCUGACAUUUCUAAAAUGACAAUCGAAUGUCAGACUUACGCAUCGAAAAUAGAACACAUGUUAACUGCCGUAUGUGGGAAAUAUUUGUCCCUUAGCCUGGUAAAGAGUUAAAUCUCAAGAGAAAAGUGAUAUCUACGAGUCUAGCCGCCUUCAUACAAUUGAAGCUGAUUAAAAAAAACAUGGUUUUAAAUAACAGUCAUGGUUCAUGAAACUUGACAUAAACACAUAUGUAACAUACAGGGUGGCCAAAAAAUAAGUGCAUUCCCGUUGCCAGGGAGGUUUUGGGAUUAUACUAAGCAAUUUUCACCAUGGGACCAACCCCGAAAUCACGAAAAAUAAUUUGACGUUUCAUACAUUUUGGCUGGUCCAUUUUCUAUCGGAGGGUAAAUUUUUUUUUCGCGAUUUCAGGGUUGGUCCCUUAGUAAAAGUAGCUCAGUAUAAUUCCAAAACCUCUCUGACGACGGCUAGGUUUGUGUGUCUAUUAACCGAUUCGUUGCGUGUUCCAUUUUCGAAAACUUGGCUGUGGCGCGGAACAAUCAUUUCAUGACACGGCAGCCAUGCCAUGCGCCAUAGAAUAUGAUGACGUACACGCCUGCCGUGUCAUCAGCCAUGUGGAAAAAACAUUGACGACACGGCAGGCGUGUCAUCAGCACCGAAUCGGUUAACCUCAAGAAGUUAUGGUAAUUUGAUAAGAUAUUGUGCGCGUAUCUAAUAGAUCGUCUGUUUGGCUGUAAGAGUGUUCGCAACGCGAUGAAUCUCAGUGAAAUAUGCCAAUGGUUCUAAACUAAGUCGUUGAUAAUUAGAAAAUUGUUAAAUUGAUGUGCACACAGGGUAGGGAUAGAGGAUUUGAAAAUGGCGCCGGUUCAAACUAAGGUAUAGGUAAUUCGAAUUUUUAAUGCACUAGUAAUAAUGUUUGAUGAUAUGCGAGUAAUGUCAUAUCAAUUUGACAUUUUUAAAAACCGAAUAGGCCUCAUAAAUAUUUAUGAAUAGUAAUAGAAUUGCAGUCAAAAGCUGAUCAUAAUGCAAUAUAUAUCACAAAAGCAUGCAUAAGCUAAUAGAAUUUGAAUACACUCAAUUCUCUUUGGUAUGAGGAAGGGCAACCAAAGACUAACAAAAAUGAAUUGAUUGUCAAGCCGAUAUUUUUGGGCACCCUGUAUUAGUAUAGAUAUUUUUGGCAACUGUUCUUUAUGCGUAUAAAUUAAGGAUAAAAAUACUAGUACUACUACUAUAACAAUCACACAAGAAAUAAAAAAUGAGAAACUUACAAUAAUAAGAAUUGAUAAUUGAUAUGACCCAUAAAUAUAAAGCUGAGAUCUAUUGCUUAGCUGAUAGCUAUGAAGCUAUCAUGUCAAGUUCUUUAUUAUGAAUAUAUGUGACGUUCCACGGUAAAAGGUACCUUAUGGCGGCUGGCACUUACGUCACAUAGCGCCGCAAUAACAUUGGAGCGGCGUUAAUAAUCGCGUAAGCGCCAACCGCCAUAAGGCUUUAUCCUUGGGACGUCACAUAUAAAGGUCAAUUUAUAAUUGACUAAAAUCAGUUCUUCCUUUCAUAAGAUUAUUCAUUUUGAGACCGGUUGAAUUUUAAAUUCGCUUUACAUAUUAUUUAAAAAGAUACUCAAAUAAAAUAGCAAGGGUAUCAACCUCUGUGUGCACCUAGCCUUGUUAGGUCUAUUAGGCUCUAAAAUAAAUACUUAGCGUUAACUUAGCGCCAUACCGCACUGACUUAGGUCAGUUAAUUUAAAAACAGUAUAGGUACAUCACUUUUGGACAAAAGUCGCUGGCAAGACAGUAGUUUCUUUUAUUGUAAAAUUUGUCGGUACUGUAUUUAUUUUUUAGGUACUACUACUAAACUGUAUAGUAUUUUUUGUUUUGUUUUAGUAGUUUUUUUUACUCAACAGAUCUAUUAAAUAAGAUACAAUGUUGGAAAUAUCAAAUAUCGCCAGUUUGAGUGAUUUUUUUUAAUUGACAAAACCUCUUCUUCUUCGACCUAGCGUUUUCCCGGCCUAGCGCCAGGGUCCGACAAAACCUAACCUAACCUUAUUCUACAAUAUUUUAUGUAGUCUGUGUCGGAAAGAGAUGAGUCGUGAAAUGAAUGGGAUCCAAUACAUUCUACGACUCUUCUCUUUCCGCACAGACUCUAUUUUCUUUCAUGUCCCAGAUCUAAAACUGCAGUCUGUAGGCAACCAUGUAGAUUUUUUCUCUCAAUUAGGAUUGUUCAUUUUUUUAGACCCCCAUUUUUAUUUUAUUUUCUGAAAAUAUAGGUUAAUUUAAGAUACCAAUUUGAAUGAUUUAGUAAUUCGUGGCUCGGUUGAAUAUUUAUAAUUUAUUGAAAAUAUGAGAUACGACUUCUCGUAAAUUACAUGUCGUCGGCUGAUUAGGAUAAUGCACAAGCAACAACAAGCAUUAAAAAAAUAGUUGGCAUUGUCAAUUGAUUGUAAUGUCACCUGUCGACAAUGUCAGUGUUACGUGUUUCUAUAAAUAACAAUCGUCUGGAAUGGAAAACUCGUUUAUUUUGAAUCAUUAAUUUCAAAAUACCUACGCUAUAAAUUUGAGAAAGCUGAUUCCAGAAAUCUGCCUAAGUUAUAUAAUAUAACUUAGUUUUAUUGGAGUAUGUAUCCAUAUAGCAUCCAACUCCAACCAUAACUUGGCUGAAAUCAAGGGAGCAAAAAUACAAAUGUAAGUUACCUACAUCAUAUAUAUUUUAACUGAUCGAUUUCUAAGAAGAUUGGAUUCAUAAAAUCGUUACAAGUGUCCAUUGCUAAAGGUAGCUUAGCACCCAGUGGGUGCUUUCUACCGGCUUGUCACCAUUGUUUGGAUAUUGUACUACAUACUUAUACUACUAUAUUAGGAACAUGCCAAUUUUGCUAAUUAUAUCCUAUUAUUUCAGGUCAUCGUGAUUCCUAUUUAGAUACAGCUGUGAGAUAUGUAACUGCACUUGGGCCCAGAACAAAGUUGAGCAUUUUGUAUUGAAACGAACGUCAUAUUAAUUAUUAAUCGUCGUAAUACUUUACGACCGUAAAUAAUGCCUGGGAACAGAGUAAAUAACAAACCAUACUUCUUCUCUUCUGGAUGGUCAACAAGAAGCCAUCAUUGUCAGAUGCUCGUGCAGAACAUGAUAAACAUACAUUUAAUGUAAAGUUACUAUAUUUUUUGGAAACAUAUAUAACAUAUUUCCCAAAUUAAUAAAAAAGUAGGUAAACAAAAACAUGUUUUAUUAUUCACAACUCUUUAAUAAGUCUUGUCCACCAUGAUAUCAGCAGCUUGAACUGCAACAUGUACCUGGAAAUUAGAAAUUAUAUCUUUUUAAAGCAGUUUCAGGCUGAAUUUUGAGUAUGGCUAUGUAUUCUUGUAUAUUCCUUCUUUCUAGUAGGCACCAUCUCUGUUUAACGGUUUGCCUUUAGAUACUCUGGCUACAUUCCCACAGAAAAUAAAUAGAUACCACGACCCUACCAAUAAAGUGAGCUUUUAAAUACUUAAAUGUAGUAAAUUAAUAUUAAUUUUAUACUUACAUCGACGUGAUUCUCACAGCAAUACUGUGUGUAACACGUGAAGUAGGUAGGUAUUCCAAGUUUAAUUCACGGCACCAUCUUUCACGUCGUAGGUCUUCCGUGGAUUCGAACUAUUAUUUUUGUGAAUCAUUCCCACACAUAGGAACAAGGUUUUUGAUAUAUUAUUAAGCAAUGAAAUCUACUGUUUAGGUAUUAAUUAUAAAUCAAAUUGUAACAAACAAGCGCAGCGGUUUAACUGAAAAUUUUUGUUAUGACAAUUGAUGACAAUUAUAACUUUGACAAUACGUGAGUGACGGAUUUAUUUACUAUGGUUCGAUAACUUUUAUUAUGCAAUGACUUUACAUUCAGCCCAGGAGAAGGUCAAACUAAGGUCAUAAGGAUAUUUGUUGAAAUAUCUUCAAUCCUCAAUUAUUAUAUCGCAGCAAAUGUCGGAAACUGUUUAAAAACCUUAUAUCUCGAAAUGGUUUUCGAAAUAGAACAUUUGAAAAAAAAUGAACAAUCCUAAUUACAUAAGUCAGAAAUUGAAAGAAAAAAUUGUAUUUGGAAGUAAAAAUCAAAUUCAUCGUAUCGUUACUAAUGUAUUUAUAAUCGACAAGUUUAAAAAAAUAUAACUAAUAUUAUUGCCAGCGAACAUUUAUUUGUAAUAGUUACAUGAUAAUAUAUAUCGAAACAAGACAGGAAUAAUACGUUACCUUCGCAUACUAGUCUAGUCUAGGUAUCCUAGGUUAAGGGAAGCGAUGCUAGUUCGUUAAUUUAGGUAUACUUACUAGCGUAGAACGCACAUGUUGUUCUGGGGAGGCAGACUGGGCGGGAAAUGUAGGAAAAGUUAGGAAAAUAAGGAUAAAAUGUGAUUUAAAAAACUAUCAAAAGAUAUAUGAUUCUAGAGGCACAAUGCCAAAAAAGCAAAAAGUUAUACAUAAAGUUGGUCAAGCAGAUCUUGUUAGUAGAAAAAGGCGGCAAAUUAAAAAAGGUAGGCGCAAAGGGAUUUCGUUUCAUAGAAAAUUUGAAUUUCGCGCCUUUUUCUACUGACAAGAUUUGCUUGACCAAGUAUAUAAAUUAUUCAUCGACUAUUACUUACCGGUCACCCUGUUUGUAAGUAGAUAAUUCAUUUAAAUCUAAAUAUUUUGAUUAUCUCUAACUUAAAUUAUAAACAAAUAUUUUUAGUCUCAUGUUAAGUAUUUAAACUCUGUGCUCCAUACAUUUUAAAGUUUAACACUCCACAGUAAAUUGAGUAAAUUAUUUUUAAUGAUAAUACGUCGGAUAUCAUUAGCCCACCUAACCAUGCUUAAUCAUUACACAAAAUGUCAAACGUAAUAUCGUGUUCAUAAAAAUGAGGCUCAUUAGUGUUAAAAUCGAUGUAAUGUUGCAUGUUAGUGUAGAUUGAGUCCAGUCUGCCCCUCCAGUUUCGGAAUGCCGUAAAAAAUUAAGAAAAAAAACGUUUUAGAAACUAUUCGGGUCUUCCUGUAAGGGGGACGUUUCAAAACAGGUGUUACCAGCUUAAAUAUAUUUAUUAAGUGACGCAAACGUUCCAAAGAUGUAAACAAGUUGAGAUUCUAAACAAAUUAUUCAAAUUUGAAGAUAUUUUAAUGUUUUUAGCAUAUUUUUCAUUAAAAGUUAUAUGUCAUAAAAUAGUACAUAUAGCUGGUCAAGCAGAUCUUGUCAGCAAAAGGCGGCAAAUUUGAAAAAUGUAGGCGCGAAGGGAUAUCGUCCCAUAGAAGGUUUGAAUUUCGCGCCUUUUUCUACUGACAAGAUUUGCUUGACCAGCUUUAUUUUUUAAUUAAAUAUUAGUACUGAAUUUCAAGGCCGUUGUAAUUCUAUUUUUUAUUCGAAUUAUUAUGUAAUUUAAGAUCUGUGCACUUCAAAAAUGUUACUUAAAUGUUCUUAGUGUUAUUUUUCUCUUUAAAAUAAUAUGGUUAAGUAUUAAAGUCGAAAACAGUCUGUUACGAAUCAAUUAGUAUUAUAUGUUUUUGAUAGUUAUUGACUAAAGGCGAGGAACGCACGACAAACUUGUUUUAAUUAUUGUUUAGUUAUGUACCUUUAGAACAUAUUUUUCUAUUUCUCUUUUAACUUUUAGUUAAAAUAAUUACGCUCUACAUAUUCUAUGGACUUAACGUUUAUUUAUUACUUAUGUGGUCUAUAUAUUAUGUUCAUAUAUAUUUUGUUCAAUUAAAUUAAUUUAUAAAUCCUUUAUCUAACAGGAUGCUUUCCUAACUAUCAAUGCGCGGUAACUACUGUGCCAUACUUUUAGCUUUCAGUAGCUACCAAUUUAUAGAAACCUUAUAUAUAAAGAUAUUUUUUCAUGUGUGUUUUCUGAUAUAAUAUACUUUUAUAUUUAAAAUAGUUCUCUAAAAUCUAUUUUACAUCCACAGCGUGUAUUGUACACAUUGUGUUACCACAAUUUUUUCGCCACCUGUAUAAUACAGGGUGGGUUGUGCGCGCCUCGCCUCGCCCGUACGGGCUUGUUCGAGUAGAUAGCUUCGGGAGCCUCCCGCUAGUCGUAGUAACCGAUGAUAUUAAUAUUGUAAUUACAUUUUGAAACGCAGAAUAAAUUAUUGCCAC